AUGAGUCCUCUUUUCCGACUUCUUUGGUUUAACUUAUUUAUUUGCGUAAAUACUGAAGAACGAGGCUUUAGAGUGAAGUUAGAUGAAUUUUCCGUGAGAUACAAGGUACGCGACUUGAUUGAACAUAUCGAUUUUCGAAUUGCUCAAAUUAACAAUCGGAGCUACGUCAACGGCGAGAUGACGCUGAAGUGUGUUGUAAGAGACAUUGAUAUGCACACCACUAUGGAUUUUUGGAAAGCGAACAAUCAAAACAAAAUAAAACUGUAUGACGUCCGAUUGGACGCCUGCGAAUUUCUGAGAACUGCUCACCGGAAUGGCCUAUUCAACAUAUACGUCAAAAGCUUCAAAAAACACACAAAAGCAGAUCUGAAUUGUCCUUUAAAGACAAACUACAACUACAGCUUAAGAAAUUGGCAUAUGAAUGAGAAGGACCUGCCACCCUAUGUACCAUUUGGAAAAUUUAGAACAAUCACGGAGUACUUUACGCAACAGCGCCUGGCACUUCGGAUAGUCACUCAAGGAAAAGUUGUCAUUAACAAGUAG